CGAACAGUCUGCAGGUGAGGCCAAGUCGUAACACGUCUUUGAGAUCGUCCAUCUCUGCGAAGACAAGACUCAUGAUGUCAUAUGGGAGGCGCAAGAUUCCAAACUGCCCGGGAGGUGGCUGAACAUUUACAAGUGCAUGUCAGUGCCUUCACUGAGGGGCUUAUUUGGUUCAGCAAGGUGCUCGAUGAGACUAACUGUCCUACCGUCGGAGAGCCAUUUGCCCUACGCUCCCCACUGGCCGAGGAUUUGUUUUUGU